AUGUUCGAUUGUCCAAUAUGUUUAAUAUCUUAUGAUAACAAUCAAGCCUUUACAUUCCCUUCAUGUUUUCAUACAUUUUGUAUCAAUUGUCUAAAAUCGACCUUUGAAACUAGAAUCAAGGAACAAAAUGUAAAUUUGGAUACCUUUAAAUGCCCUGGGUGUGAAAUUCCAUUCGAUCAAUCCUUGAUCUAGAAUUUUAUAUCUCAAGAAAUUUUCAAGAAAUACUGUGAACUAAGUAUAGAAAUGAAUCAAAUCUUCGGAUUGGAAGAGAAUGAGAUAAUGGCCAAUUGUUUAAACGAAGCUUGUCGAGAAAAAUAUAUAAUCUGGAAGGAUGCAGAAUACUAAAAAUGUGUAAAAUGUAAAAUGGAAUAUUGUCGUUUAUGUUUUUUACCCUAUCAUAAAGACACUUGCACUUGUGAAGAAUAAAAACUACUUUAUUAAGAUAAAGUUUACAAGGACUUAAAAGUUCUCCUCAAAGCAAGUAGGUGUCCUAAAUGCAGGAUUAUGGUAGAAAAGGUAGCAGGCUGUAAUUUUAUGACCUGUAAAUGUGGCACAUAUUUUUGCAAUCUAUGUGACGUUUAGCUUGAAAGCAAGGAUCAUUAUUCUCACUUUGAGAACAAUAGUCCUUCACAAGAUAAGUGCAAAAUAAAAGUGAAUGGCCAAUGGGUAUCACGACCAGCAGUGGAAGAGGUUAAGAAACCUUAAAUUAAAUAAGUUAUCAAAGAACCUGAAAAUGCGAUUAAUUCUAUUCCUUGUCCUAAUUGCAAUUCAACCAAUCCAAAUAUCACCAAGCUUCAACUUUAUGAUAGGGUUGCACAUUGUUGCAGUGUCAAAUGCUAAAAUAGAGCCUAUUGCAUAUAUUGUAAAAAGAUGCUUCCCAGUUAAGAUAUAUUAAAUCACUUUACAAAUACAUUGGCAUGUAAGUUCAAAUGA